AUGCGCACUGGUCGUCGUCACUAUAAAUCAGGAUCUCCCGCCCCGGGUACAGUUGAGCCAGUGUUCCACGCUGGAGUCGCCAUCGGUGCACAGAUUGAUGUUCUCAUUGACCCACAAGCCAGCGUUGGUAUCAAGAUUGGUGGCGGCAAGAUUGUUGCGGGUAAAACCUUGAUGGAUGCUCAGCUGAGUGGCUAUGUGAACACCGACGUCUCCUUCCAGGCUCAUGGUGACUACGACACAUCUGACAAUGCAUUCCACUACCGAUUUGGGGCAUAUCUGUACUAUAACAUUGGUUAUAAGGCAGUGGCCAAGAUCUUAGACUUCGUUGACUGGGCAACAGGAGAUCGCACGUGA